GUCUCAUCCCUCCUUUUCCUGUUCGGCGCGAGCGGAGCGAGGCACCGAGUACGGUCGCUAAGUUUCUUGUUUUCAUCGUGUAGACAGCUCUGCUGCAAAGAUGGUCAAUGUACCUAAAACCCGAAGAACUUUCUGUAAGAAGUGUGGCAAGCAUCAGCCUCACAAAGUGACCCAGUAUAAGAAGGGCAAGGAUUCCCUGUAUGCCCAGGGAAAGAGGCGCUACGACCGGAAGCAAAGUGGCUAUGGUGGGCAGACGAAGCCAAUUUUCCGGAAGAAAGCUAAAACCACGAAGAAGAUUGUGCUAAGGCUCGAAUGUGUUGAACCUAACUGCAGGUCCAAGAGGAUGCUGGCCAUUAAGCGAUGCAAGCAUUUUGAACUGGGAGGAGAUAAGAAGAGAAAGGGCCAAGUGAUCCAGUUCUAAACAUUGGGAUUUUUUUGUUCUGUUAAUUUUGAGGGGAAAUGUUGAAGCUGUAGAGAAAUUGCCUGUAGGAAAAUAAAUAGUGAUAUUCUUA